AGUUUUGCCUCUAAAAACAUGAAAGACCUGCGACACCACAUGAUGACACACACCAACGAGAAGCCUUACUCCUGCCAGGUGUGCGGCCAAAGGUUCAACCGUAACGGACAUCUGAAGUUCCACAUGGAGAGGCUUCACACUCAGGAGCCGUCUCCCCGUAAAGCUCGCUCCAUCCCCUCACAGCAGACCAUCAUCAUCAACAGCGAUGAAGAAGCUUUAGCCACACUGCAGAAUUUGCAGGCGGGUCAAACGGUCAUCAGCCCAGAGAGGUUACAGCAAGCGUUGGGUCAGGAACACAUCAUUGUGGCUCUGGAUCAAAGUCUUUCUGACCAGGAGGAGGCGGCAUAUAUUCAGCAGAUCACAACAGUAGAUGGACAGACCGUACAGCACUUAAUGACCGGAGACAACCAGGUCACUGAGGUCCAGUAUAUCAUCUCUCAGGAUGGAGUUCAGCAUUUGCUCCCAAGAGAGUAUGUGCUGGUAUCAUGGGAAACACAUUCAGAUGGGGGACUGGCAAAUCACUCACAUUCAGUAUGAACAUGAUGGGAUGUUUCUACAGGAACAACAGCAAAGGUGUCAACUGGCUACUCCAGCAUGAACCAGUCGUGGUAAGGCAUCUGUCCUAGAAGAAUUCUGUGCUCUGGAAUCUGCUGCAGACAAGCCCACAUCAGAUC